UUGCUUGGUAUGCAUCAACAAAUGAUCGAAUCCCCGCCUGUCAUUUCGUUUUCAUUUUUGUACGGCUGUCAAUUUAUUCUGGAUAAACCAAUAUGUUUAAUAAACCCACUUUGCUAUUAGCAUAGCCAGUUGAGCAUAAUUGACGCCGCGCCCCUGUACAGAAAAAAAUCGGCUACAAGGUCAUCAGUUCAAUUGAUUCCAGCGAUAGACAUACGCUGGUAGAAAAUCUAUUAAUCAUUAUAAAUAAGCGUAAAGCAGCUCGACUGUGUGACUAAAUAGAGGAUUUGAUCGAUGACAUACGAAAUAAUGAACCGCACUCGGCUGUAAACGAUAUCUUCGCUUCAUUAAUAGGAGACGCUGACAAACGUUUGCAGAAUACCCAGUAAUUUUCUAACAAAAAGAAGUAGCGUGGUAGCCAACCAACGAAUGCAAUCAAUUCAUCUGUUUUAGUUGAAGGAAACAACAAAAAAAUGUCGGAAAUAGUAAACGGAAAUAAUAUUUCUGCCAACCACAUUAAAAGAAUGAUGGAAAAUGCGCAGCGAGAAAUCGAGCAACGUAAACGAAAACUAGAAAACAUUACUUUGAAUAAAUAUCCAGAUGCUUCUACUUCUUCCGAUGCUGCUGCUGCAGCAGGUAAUGCCAAAACUACAGCCGUUGUGACAAAACCUGCUGAUGGCCCUAUUGAAAAAAAGACACGCGAUAUGUCCGGAUCUGUAACAGGAACAUCGGACAUAGAAAGAUCAAGAAAAAUUGCCCAGCUUCAAGAACAAAUUCGGGCCAAACUUUCUGGAACAUUAGUCAAUGUUUUACCCCUACAGCCUGCUACUGACAAACCGAAGCCGCUUAUACUGGAUGCUGAGGGCCGUACUGUAGAUGAUAGUGGUCGUACAAUUGUUGUACCCCAACUUACCCCUACGCUAAAGGCUAAUAUCCGUGCCAAAAAACGAGAAAAUUCUAGAAAUCAGCAAUUUGUAGAACGUGCGUUUACCGAUGAAUCAAAUGAGACACACUUUCAUGAUGAUCGUAUUACAUUAAAACCAGCAGGGCGAACUAAGCGUUCAUUACGAUUUCAUGAACCUGGAAAAUUUCAACAGCUUGCUGAAAGAUUACGAAUGAAGAUACAGCUAGAAAAAUUGCAGAACGAGAUUUCGCAAAUAGCGCGCAAAACUGGAAUUAGUUCAGCUACAAAACUUGCUUUGAUUGCUCCUAAAUCGGACACUUACUUAAAUGAUGUACCCCAAAUGGAAUGGUGGGAUUCUGUCAUAUUGAUGGAUGAUUUGAAUACCUUGAACGCACAGGGAAGUAUUGCGAUAAGAGAAUCUUCGAUAACUAACCUCAUCGAACAUCCGACGCAAAUGCGACCGCCAAAUGAAACAUCGCGUACCGUAUAUCUUCCAGUGUUUCUUACAAAUAAAGAAAGACGCAAAUUGCGACGACAGAAUCGUCGUGAAGCUUGGAAGGAAGAGCAGGAAAAAAUUCGUCUAGGACUUGAAGCUCCUCCAGAACCAAAAUUAAGAAUUUCCAAUUUAAUGCGUGUGUUGGGAACAGAGGCAGUACAAGACCCAACUAAAAUUGAGACUCAUGUACGUGAACAAAUGGUAAAGCGUCAAAAAAUACACGAAGAAGCAAAUGCAGCACGUAAAUUAACUGACGAUCAACGACGAGAGAAAAAAGUUCGUAAAAUGAAAGAAGACACAACAUUAGGGGUACAUAUUGCUGUAUAUCGAAUUCGAGAUUUACAGGACCAGCAAAGCAAAAAGUUUAAGAUCGAAACAAAUGCAAAACAACUAUUCUUGACCGGCGCCUGUGUACUUUUUCGCGAUUGUUCUGUAGUUGUAGUGGAGGGUGGUCCAAAACAACAAAAAAAAUAUCGUAGGCUUAUGCUCCAUCGUAUAAAAUGGGAAGAAGAUUUAGUGAAAAAUGCUGAUGACAAAGAGAUUCCCAAUUCAUGCGUGCUUGUUUGGGAAGGAAUGAAUCAGCGUAGACAUUUUGGAGAAUUUAAGUAUAAAUCGUUCUCAUUAGAAAAAAGUGCUAGAGAUUUCUUCCAGAAACAUCACGUUGAGCAUUAUUGGGAUUUGGCUUACUCUGGGGCUGUUUUAGAAGCUUCUGAAGACAUAUAAUCAGGUUUUACAAUACAAGGCAAAAAAUCAUUAUUAAAUAAACUAUUUAUGAAAA